AUGCAUAUGCCUCUAUUCUUGACAUUUUCAGCUCUUGCGCCACUUGUUUUAGGUGCUGCCAUCGAAGCUCGCCAACAAGACGGACAAGUGUACUGCGAUAGAGGAGACGACGAGAUCAACGCUGAUGACUGCCGCGGCGCCGCCGACCUGAUCAAUACAGCUUCUGGAUUUUACGGGCCGCUCGCUCAGUUUCGAUACGGAAAUUGCAUUAUCGAUGUCGCUAGCCGCCUCGGGGUCGUCAAUUCUAUUCCUGGUCAGCUUUAUAAAGACUCCGUUCUGAGCGUCCUGGACACGUGUGGUGGGCCUGGCUAUGUUUACCAGCGAGGUAAUGAGGUCGAGGUCUAUCGCUGCGAGAUUUGCUCGUACGGGGUGUGCGCUAAAUGCGAUGACCCCGGCCAGGGGCCCAUGAAACGCGACGUUAAUGAAAUCGAAGCCGCUCCCCAAGUACAGAAGAGACAAGACAGCCCUGAGCCGGGAUUGUCCUGCGGAGGCUGGAACCCAGCUGUCGAAGCGGACAACUGCCGCGAUGCCGCCAACGAGCUCGACGCCCAGGGGGGAAACGUCGAGCUUCCUUUCCGCGAAGGUGUUGCCGGCUGCCAAAUUGCUGCUGAGCAAAAGCAGCCUGGUUUAUUCAUGCCACGAAGCCAGAUUGCCGCCAUUCUUCGUCAUGGGACGGACCUAUGCGAGAGCCAAGGGUACAUUGGCAAGAUUAGCGACACGCAGAAUUCUUAUUUUGACGUUUUCUUUGGCAAAAUUUGUGGUCAGUUUGGCUUCGGUUAUGGUGGUUGCACGCCGUAG